AGACAGAUGCUGAGGCUAUUCGAGAUUCACAUUCUCACGGACUGGGGAUGUGAGAGAGCCCGACGAGAUGGAGACCUUCAUCCAUCUUUAUUUGAAUGAUCUUGGGAGUCACGCCAAGAUGUGACUGUCACGGCGCGUCAUAGUUUGGAGGCUCUACAAUACUUGUUUCCAUAGCAACAGAAAUAUCAGAAUAUCCAAAAAAGUCCCAUUCCCACAAUGCAGUCCUCUCAGCCGCCGAAACCGCGGCGCUUUGACGUCAGCAGACGGACCAAUAACUUAGCUGCACCAAAGUCUCACGGCCCUGGGUUUCAGAGGGAGGAUAAAAACAUGAACACAAUCACCACGCCGUCCCCACGCCGGGCCACCAAGGGUCCCACCGCUCCCUCCAGGACCAGAGUGGGCGUACAGCCUCGAGCUCCAGUGAGCCAGUCCAGGUUAAGCUCACAGAAACAGGGUUCUACUGUCUCUAAACUAGCUAAACCCAAACCCAAAAAUGCCCGUGCAUCUGCAGCAACUCAAAUUGUACCCGCAGCGGAUCCGCCUCCUCCGCUUCCCUCGGUUCUUCCUGUUGACCCGAACUGCAACGAGCCGAGCCUCCCGUGUCUAUGCUGUGAUGGCCGAUCCCCGCAGGACAACAACAGCAUGUUCAACCACAACCACAACAACAACAACACCAUCUCCCUCAGACAUCAACUGCAGCUACCGCCUCCACCGGCCCCGAUGCCCCUGAGGCAGGAUGGGACCGGGGCCAAGGAGCAGGCACAGGCAAAGGCCCAGAUGGAAAUUUCUGCCUGCCCUGCUGCCAGUCUGGAAAAUGAAGAGAAGAUUUCAGAUGAAAACACUGAAGUAGACAAUAAGAAAAAUGCAAAGGUGGAGGAAGAUGAUGAGGAAGAGAGCAGCGGGGAUAUUGAGAUUGAUGAUGAAGAGGACGAUAACGAUGACGAUGAAGAUGAUGACACCCUGGUCCCCUCGUGCUGCGACUGUCCCCCCUCCCUCCUGGAGUUCUCGCUCUCCUCUUCUACCUCCUCUUCCUCCACUUCCAUCAGCUCCUGUUCUGAUCUGGAGUCUGACUGUGCCGAUCAAUCUGCCUCCAUCUGCUCUUCCCAAGAUCAAGACAAUCUGUCCGUCUCUCUUUCCUCCAAAGACCACUCUCUCCUACAAGGCCCUGAUAGCAAGCCUCCUGCUCGCUCACCUCCAUCCCUCCCUCUGAACCGAAAUCCCUUCUGUUUAACAUCUCAUUCCCCGAGUCCACCUUGCUCCCCAGAUGAGGGUUACCCUUCUGCGCUUGACUCACCUUCCCCUGACUACUUAGGAGUCAAAGAUGAUUCUGAGGUCACCAAAUUAGGCUUGCUUGACUUUCUAGAAUCGGUCGGAGAAUUUGGGAAAAUGGAGCGGUUCAGCCAGGUGAUCCAAGUGGCUCGCUGGGAUCUGGACGGGGAACAGCACUGGGAUGUUCUGCGGGAUCGCUUAGAUCACCUGGAUCGUUUGGAAAAGGUGAACAGGGAAGUAAAACUGACCUACAUUGCCAGACUCCAUGAGAAGGGACUUGAUCUUGGAGAUCUGGAUGAGCAGGACCUUUCGGAUGUCAUGGAUGAAAUGGGCAACAUUGACAUUCCCUGGAAGCUGUAUAAAACACAUGAUGGAACGAUGGGAGAAUCUCAGGAGUUUUCCGAUGCCGGGGUCGACUUAACCGCUCCGUCAGACUGUGAAGAUCCCCUCGUUCCAGAUUCCCUCACACCUUCCCCUGUUGAACCGCCACCUAGACCCCCAAAACCUCCAGCGCGACAUGCCAGCGUGAGCUCGGACCUCCACACCUACAUAAAUAUCAGCAGAGAGACCACCUCCAUCGCUGUUUCCACCUCUCCUACAUUGUCUACCUUCUCACCUAACUCCUCAUCCCCCACAUUCACCACUUUUAGGUGUGAGAAAUCCCUACCUUCAUCUCCACCAUCCAUUCCUCCUCUCCCUGCUUCUAAGCCAGUUCCUUACCUCACUCUGUAUACCACCCCUUCUCCACCUCCCUCUAUCCCCACCCCAACACCUCCUAUCCCUCCACCUCGAAAGCGACACCUCGCACGGAAGGAAGCGCAGCGCCUCGCGGCUCUUCAAGCCGAACAGGAAAAGACCCCCAUGUCCCUCCCCCCACCUACCACCCGCCCCCCACCACUCCCUCCUCCACCUGUUAUCUCAGUCUCCUCUUCCUCUCCUCCUGCCAUACCACCUCCACCUGCGCUGCCUCCUCCACCAUCCUUCCACGCAUUGGAUGUAGAGAUUCGGAAACUGCUCAUGCUUGCUGGACUUACCCAAGCCGAGCUCCUCAAACUCAGCCCUGAGCUUGGUGUCUGUGUCGGGGGGUUAGAAGACGAGGGAGAUGGAGAUAAUUUCAUGAAACCGAAAUCUCUGGAGUCACAAGAGUUCAGUCUGCGGUACAGAGAAGAGGAAAGUGAGCCUGACACACAGCUGGUGGCCAGAGAUCAAUGGGUUGGCACUGAAAAGUUGGAGGGAGAUCAAAAAGCAGAUAUAGCUGAAGAAGGCAAAAAGAAAGAGGAGGGCAGAGACACACAGAGAACAACGUCAUUUACUGAGAUGGCUAGGAGAAGGAAGAAAAACACUGGCUUGGCAUUCGACCAGUACUACAGUUUAAGCAAUACACAUGAAGAUAAAGCAAAGAAUGUGAGCUUUGGGGCUUCCCGUUAUUCUGCUGAGCCACCAGAGUCACCGCCGCCUCCUCCUCCCCCUCGCCCUCUGCCACCCAUUCCUCCAUGUUUGCCAUCCCUCAAAGUCAGCACUCUGCCCGCCAACUCUGAACAGCCUGAGCGUUUUGAUUGGCUGAUAGCAUUCACACCUGAGUGUGAAGCCCCACCACAGCUGCCACCCCUAGAAAAGAGAAAGGCAUAUGUGGAAACCCAAAAGAAGCCCAAUUCGUCAGGUACCUCUCCAGGGUCAGCUCCAAAGGUCACAACCUUUAAAGAGUUGCGUUUCCGCAACAAGAGCUCCUCUCCUCCGACUAAGGUGAUCAUUGAGCCCGAUCCUGACCCCACAAUAAUCACUCCAGAUCCAGAUAUACUCUACAACUUAAAGUGGAGGAAACAUAAGGAGGGAAGUGAUGGCAGCCAGUGGGAGUACACCUCUCAGGCUCAGGCCCUCUUCAUGCAGCCGCCGCCAGCCCUCACCUCAAUGGCUGCUCUGCAGGAAAUGCUCCAGAGAGCUGAUAAGGAGGGGGGGCAACUAGAGUUGUGCCCAUCACAGAAGAUUGGCUGCUCAGUCAGUGACAGCAGCCUGUGGACCUUGGACAGAGAGUGGGAGGGGGAAGAAAUUAAGAAGGAAGAAAAAGAAGGGAAGGACAAACUGAAGGAGGAGGUGGAGGUGAGAGGACAAGCUGAUGGAGGACGGACUUUUGAAUCAAGAACUUCAGUUUCCUCACCCCCGCUCUCCCUCGCCCAGUCCUCCCAACCCUACUUCCUCCACACCGCUAUCCCUUCCUUUCGCCCAGGCUACUGUUACUCCCACCCCCUUGCAGAUCCCAGGCCCCGCAGUCAUGUAGGCCAAGGGCCCACAGACACACACAGAAACACACGGUGGACUCCUGCUGUCCACUCAGCUUGUAUCCACAGAGAUGAAUCGAGCUCUGUUAUAAGCUCUGGGUUUAAAGAUGAAUCCCCGGCUGCUUUUGGUGUAGAGUCUCCACGUGACUGUGGGGAUAAGUUUAAGCAAAACACACAUUCAGCUUACCAAUAUAACAGCGAUCCCAAAACCAAUGAAAGGGACUUUGCAACUGAGUCAAUCUGCAAUCUUGACUCCCUUUACCAAAGUGAUUCAGAGAAGCAGAAUGAUGCCAACGCCGUGUCUGUUAGCAGCACCGCUGAAGCUCCAGGUUGCACCACACCGUAUAAGAAUAUCGAUGUUAUGAUGAUGUAUUCAAACAGCAUCGGUGCUAGGGAUUCGAUGUAUUCAGAGAAGCGCUCACUCUCACACACAGACCAGGUCAGCAUCAAGGCUAGGACAUCCAAAGAUCUCCCUCCCCUCCCCACCUAUUACCUGUACCACCCUAAGAACUGCCCUCUUCACAGGGGGGCUCCCCCCCGCCUCUCUCCUAUCGGAGCCCUCUCCCCUCCCCAUCGCUCCGGAGCACCCCCUCCCGGUGCAGCAAGCUCCUCCCUCAGCUCCCCGCUUUUCCCCCGCUCGCACACCUUGCCUGCCCUCGCUGCUCCCCUCUACUAUCCAAACCUCUACCCUCCUAUACCGCCCAGGGCGCCCCCCCUACCCCCAAAACUCUACCAGGCUCCUCUGCAGUCACGCGUGGCGACUGUUCGCAGUGUCUCAUUCGCUGGCUCUGUGCUGAAGACAGACACACCCUGGAUGGGCGAGGAUGUGAAGCAUCCAAUGAGAGGUCUUGGCCUAUCCUCUCUGUGCCUACAGGAAAAGAAAGCCCUGGUAGGCGCAGUUAGUGUGGCAGUGGAAGCCAUAUUGGCCCAGUUCAGUUCUUCAAGGACUGUGGUUCAGAAGGCCUUAUCAGGAGACAGCGCUAUAAAUCCAUCACUGGGCCGUCUGGUGCUGCAGUGCCUCUGCCCCGCCCUCCACAGCUUGCUGACUGAUGGCUUGAAACCCUACCAGAGUGACCUGAUUGCAGGCAGAAGGCCAAACUCUGCUUGGAGUCUGGUCCAGGCUUCAACCAGGGCAGGUCCUAAAACUCAUGCCUUGUUCAGUCUGCAAGUUCGAGUUGGAGAGCUACCCCAGCUCAGACAGAGCAAACACAGGUUCAACGCAUUCCUCCUCGGCCUACUGAAUACCAAGCUUCUUGACUUCUGGCUGUCUUACCUUCAGUCUUGCAGUGAUGUGCUGGAGACCUAUUACCACCCCACCUCUUUUAUGCGUCUGUCGCAGACCGCCUGCCAGCCUCUGUUUGAGGAGCUGCUCCUUGUGUUGCAGCCUCUGAGCCUGCUCACCUUCAACCUCGACCUGCUCUUCCAGCACCACCAUUUAGAGCCAGAGAGUCACAGGCCAGAGAUCUCCAGCCCUCCCUUUCCGGAUCCUGGAUCCCAGCUUUCAACAAAUGAGACAGCAAUAAAUGGGUCUCAAUCCAAAACUCCAGACAGCAGAUACAGUGAAAGCCUCUCAGAAGUAGACUUUGGAAGCCCAGAUCAUCAGGCAGCUAAAGAUGCUAAAUCAUCACCUGUGACUAAUUCAGAUAAUGGAGGAUCGGCAGCGUCAACAGAUACCAGUUUUGGACCCAUAAAGGCUUCAGUCACUCAGGAGGAGACGAGUCCUCAACUGUUGUGGGUCCAGGAAAAAGAAAUUGAAGAUUUGCCUCCUCCUAACGUUGAGGAAGACAGCCUCGCUCAGCAGGCAGGACAGGUAAUUCAACAAGGAUGGGGUGCUGUGGUGCGCUGGGGAGGCCGACUGAGUCAGAAUCUGGCUGAGUUGAGCCUCUCUGCAGUGAAGAAGGAUGAGAUGAACACAGAUCUGCCAGAUCUCCAGGCUCGGGCAGGAAGCGACUACACUCCAGUCAGCGGUAGUACUCAGGUUCCCUGGGGUCUGGGCCGGCUCUUUGGAGCCUCCAAAACUCCCACCAGCCCGACAGGUCACACACAACCAACCAGACGUCCCUCUCAGUGGUUUGCACCCGGUGUCACUGCGCUGACCCGAAUGGUGAGCAGCAGCUCCACACCAAUGCUGAGAAAGAUCCCCGAGACUCUGGGAGAGACCGGAUCAGAGUCCGAGAAAGAUGUCGACACACUGGAGAUGAAGGACAAACCCAGACCACUCAGGUCGGUGCGAACGCUGUGUGACCAUGCUGGAUCCGGUUCCGAGCUCAGCUUCCACAAAGGGGAGGAGCUCGUGGUGUUAGGAGGCGUCGAUCAAGACUGGAUUCGCUGUCGUCAGGGAGACAAAGAGGGGCUGGUACCUAUUGGCUACACCUCUCUCAUCAUGUGACCAUAACUGCUGCACUUAAUCAACAGUAAAAAAAUCAAUAAAUAAUUAUAAAAUAUAUAUAUAUAUAUUUUAGGUGAGUAUUGAGAGGUUAUGGUAAGGCUGCACUACUCUGAAAGGGAUAUUUCACACAGGCUCUGUUACAGUUUGAGUUAAGGGCAUAACACCAUCUGUUGUGCUUUAUGUGCAUCAGAGGCAAUCUGCAGGCCCCGCCC